AUGGAUGGUGCAUCCCCCACUGUUGUUUGGUUCAGGAGAGAUCUUAGGAUCGAAGAUAAUCCUGCGUUGACCGCUGCUGCAAAAGAUGGGCGCGUCCUUCCCGUUUUCAUAUGGUGCCCAGAGGAAGAAGCUCAGUUCUAUCCUGGUCGAGUUUCCCGAUGGUGGCUGAAGCAAUCUCUUAUUCACCUGGACAAAUCCUUGAAAUCUCUUGGUGUUCCCCUCGUCUUCAUCAAAGCAGAAAGCACUCUCAGUGCCCUUUUGCGGUGUGUCAGUGCUACUGGAUCCAAGCGUGUGGUUUUCAACCAUCUAUACGGUUUGUUUCUUUAAUGGUGGCUUGAUUUUCUAUUAUCAAUAUAUAGUCCUUUUUUUUUUCCGCGUAUGAAUAUUUUUGACUCGGGCUCUUGCCUAUUUCUCCUGAUGCAUUUUUUUAAAAAAUGGUCUCGCUUUGAUCAUUUUUUCAUUUGACUCAAGGAGAUCAAUCGAGAAAAAAAAUCCAUGAUCAAAUCUACUUGUUGUAUCUACUCUUUAACCCUUUUCAUUUCUUUUUCAAUACCCCGAUGCAUGUAGAAAUUUAUAGACUAUGCAUGGUCACAAUAGCCUCUUCUAUAAUGGUUGUCACUGAAAUGACUUCUACAUGGAACUCUAUUGUGGGUUUGCCCCUUAGCCUCUAGUCAAAGGCAGUGCUUUUUAUUUUUAUUCUUUCAGAGUAACUAUUGAUGAUUAGACCUCAGACUCAAGUUCAUGUGAAGCUCAAAGAACUUCAGACUCGUCCUCUGCCUUUACCAAUUCACUUUUAAUAUUAUCCUGCCUUCUACGCAUUAGUAUCACAAAUCAGUCCAGAAUCAUAAAAUUGGCUAGUUCUUGGUGAUUCCUGGCCAAGAACGGUAGGUCUGGGCCUGAUUUAUCAUUUUAGUUAGCCGAUUUCGAAAACCAUGUUCAGAAGGAUAAAAGUAAGCCAUCUCUGAGGGUGUUGUACUGGUCUCACGCCCAUUUGGGGUUGUUCUAGAUAAGCUACUACUUGUCAGGAAAUUAUACCUACCAUCUUGCCCUUGAUUCUUCAUUUCUCAAAUUUUCAUUACAUAGUCUGCAAUUUUGGUAUAGAGCGAUAGAUGCAUGAGAGGUUGUGAAAAAGAUUUAUCAGAGGUUUUCUCAGAUAAUCCUUUCACUUUACCAACUAUCCAUUCUAUCUGGCAUUAGUCUGUUCUUUCAUAACUUUUCAUCAUCCGAUCUUUAGCAUUGUAGUAUAUGGGAAGUGCUGAGCAUAUCACGAAUCUUCUUACAACUUGCAGUCGAAUAGAUGACUCACAAACCAGUCAAAUUGAAAUAUCAUAACCCACAACAAAGCACACCUAAAAGAUCACUUUUCUCUUCACAUCAAAGUGCUCUAAAUUCUGGUCCAUGUCAUCAGUAAUCUAUGUAGUUACUACUUCUCAAGGAAGAGCAUGAAAAUGGAACGGUAAACUUUUCUGCAUUAGAGACAGUGCAGAUACUAUUUUUCUUUAGGUAAAAAUUAUUUCUGUGGAUUAAGUGCCACAUUCCUUGUUUCAUAAUCAUCUUUGCAAUCUUCUGAUGCAAUUUACGCGAUUGUAGUUGCUCCAGAAUUGGGAAAAUAUAGUAGAUUAAAAAAAUUGACUUUUUUCCCUCCUUUAACAAUAUCCUCAUGAAACAGUGUCAGCUUCGUUUCUACGCUUUAUCCUUAAAAACAAUAUUACUGCGAACCAUGUUCUUUAAGUCACUAUUCAACACUCAUAUUAUUUCCUAUUAAGAUUUUCAUUGGCAUCGUAGCCAAGUGCAGAGCGUGCAGAGCGCGAAAAGCAUCUCAGGUCCCGGAAAAAGUCCUCCGGACAGAUUCCUAUCCAGCUAAAUGUCCUCUUGUGGCGCAGAAGAUGAUUAUAUUUCUGUUACCAGACCUAAGCUGGUCAACUCUAUAAAUUAAAUUUACAAGAAUAUAAAUGUUUCUGCUUUCAUCACUUUUAGCUGUUGGUGCUAGUGUCGCAUGCUCUCUUUUGAAUGAAUUUGAGAUUGCAAAAGAGCAACCCUCACGAACGCUACCCUAGUGCGUUGACUUUCCCACCUUGACAUGCUGAGGUGUUUCUCACUGUAUAUGGAGCAUUAUAUUCCGAUAUUUAAAAUAUGGUAGGAGUAUAGAAAUGUUUCAUUGUGUCAUUCAGGUCAAAGAAAGUGUUCUACUAUUGUGGUGACUAUGUCUUGUCGGCGCUCUUCUUUCGUCCCGUUAGUUGCUGAGACCUCGCAAUUUCACACAUCCAGGUUACUUGAAGAACAAUAUCAUAUUAGAGAGAAACAUAAUUUCUUUGUGCUUCUGGUUGAUUGAGAAAAUAAUAAUUUAUGAUCGUAAUUUUAUGAAAUGUAGAGGCAACGUGACUGCUUAUAUGUAAGCUCGUUUUUUACCUUUUGCCUUAAAAAUAUCUGUAUUGUUAAAUAAUUUAUAGCUCUAUCGGGGUCUCCAUCCUCCAACGUAAGAUAUUUUUUUAGUUUGGAGCUGACUUGAACUUGAGCUCAUGUCCGAUUAUUGUUCUGGGAUGUUCUCUUUGUGACGCAAUGAAACCCUUAUGUUCUUGCAUCAUUCAAUUUAUUUUCGCUAAAUAGGUCUCUAUUAAAUGCAGAUCCCGUUUCACUCGUUCGAGAUCAUAAAAUAAAGAGCCAGUUGGCAGAGAGCGGCGUCAAUGUUAGGACUUUUAAUGCUGAUCUCUUGUAUGAACCUUGGGAAGUCUACGACGAAAAUGGGCUUGCUUUCACCAACUUCAGUGCGUUCUGGGAGAAGUGCAUGAGCCUUCCAGUUGAGCCAACGCUACUUCUUCCUCCUUGGAGGUUGAUGCCAUCUGCUGGUAGGUUUCUGCCCUAUGCAAGGUGCCAGUUUUACACUUAUUUUGCCUGUUCUCGGCAUGCUCUAUGUUGGCUUUGUACCAGAUAAUAAAUAUCCUUGACUUAGUCAAGCGUUAAUAUUCUCUUCUAAUCUCUUCUAGCUUCUUUUAGUUGUUGUAUCGCUCAAAAUUGCUGCUUAGUGGCGGCAAUGGCUUUAUCCUUUGUUAUGCACUUCAGUCAGACUCACGCUCAACGUCGACAGGAUUGGAGGCUGUUCAGGAUUGCUCAAUCGAGGAACUGGGUCUGGAGAACGACGCAGAGAAAUCUAGCAAUGCCUUACUAAGCAGAGGGUGGUCUCCUGGGUGGAGCAAUGCGGACAAGCUGCUGAGUGAUUUCAUCGAGAACCAUCUCAUCCACUACUCAAAAAAUAGGAUGAAGUUGGAUGGAGCCACGACCUCGUUGCUGUCUCCGUAUCUCCACUUCGGCGAACUCAGUGUAAGAAAAGUCUACCAGUCCGUGCGCAUGAAGCAGAUACAGUGGUCGAAAGAAGAGAACUCCGAUGCUGCUCAGAGUGUGAACUUCUUCCUCAAAUCGGUCGGCCUUCGAGAAUAUUCGCGCUAUCUCUGUUUCAAUUUUCCCUUCACCCAUGAGCGAGCAUUGCUGGGCAACCUGAAGCACUAUCCCUGGCGAAAUGACGAGGUUCAGUUUAAGGUCUGGAGACAGGGAAGGACGGGGUAUCCCCUGGUGGAUGCAGGCAUGAGGGAGCUUUGGGCCACGGGCUGGAUACAUAACAGGACCAGAGUCAUUGUCUCGAGCUUUUUCGUGAAGUUCCUGCUGCUGCCAUGGACGUGGGGGAUGAAGUAUUUCUGGGAUACCCUUCUUGAUGCCGACUUGGAAAGCGACAUCCUCGGCUGGCAGUACAUCUCAGGAAGCUUACCAGAUGGCCACGAGCUCAACCGACUCGACAGUCCUGAGGUGAGCCCUCUCUUACUGAGCCAUGCUGGUCAUCCCUUGCUGUUACUUCCACACACUCCUCUUUUCGACAUCGUGAUUUGAUUGAGCUUUGAUCUCGGCGCAGAGAAUCCAACUAGAUUUGAUGUGGGUCUCUAGUUAAAAUCAUGAACGAUCGGAUUUAUAGAUGUCUCGGAGCACCUCCAUGGUCUGGGGAUCUGAUAUUCUUAGUUGAAUCUGAAUCACCCCGCGGAUUAAGAUGGCAGUAAUAUACUGACCCAUCUCGCUGAAGAUCAUAAAUGAAGAUACUUUUCACUUUUUCCGAUUUUUUUAUAUUAUUAGUACUGAUUCCAUGCAAAUGUCCCUUAUCCUUUCUUCAUUCGUGAUUUAAGAUGAAUCGUAAAUAUCUGGGUCAGAAAGAGAAAAUCCCCCACUUCUUAGAGUCAGAUCUCAUAGAAAAUCCACAUGUUUUGCUCUGUUGCUGCUUUGAUCUUGUGUAUCUUCUCUCCACUUGUGUGCGUGUAUAAGCUCAUCGGUCGUCAUCCUUUUGGCCGUCAGGUUCAAGGCUGGAACUUCGACCCUGACGGCGAGUACGUGAGGCAGUGGCUGCCGGAGCUCGCGAGGGUCCCCACUGAAUGGAUACACCACCCAUGGGACGCUCCGGUGUCCGUCCUCCGCGCCGCCGGCGUGGAGCUAGGCCUGAACUACCCCAACCCGAUUGUGGACAUUUCCGUGGCGAAGCAGCGCCUGGCCGCCGCCGUGGCCAGGAUGUGGGAGCUGGACUGGGCGACCAAGGCCGCGAAGCGCGACAAACCGGAGGAGGUGGUGGCGGACAACAUGGCCGCCGUGAGGGCCCUCGACGUCCCCAAGGUUGUCCUGAGGAAGGCAGCGCCGCGCCCGCCGCCGCCCUGCGACAACUCGUCGGCGGACCAGAGGGUGCCCUCCAUCCGCAACCCCAAGCCCGUCCCGAAGGAGGCCACCGCAGAUCGCAGCGCCGCCGUGUCCGGGAAGUCGAUGGUGGACGAGGACCUGCGCUCCACAGCGGAAUCCUCUUCGGCCAGGAAGCGAAGCGCCGGCGGGAGCCUGUGCACCGUCCCCACCUCCUGCUUUUCUUCCUCGGAGGUCCAAUUCCACGGGCGCGACUCCCCCUGCCGGCCUGCCCCGACUGAACUCUGGCGGGGUGUCUGCGACGACAGAAGGAUCAGGGUGGAAAAGGUACUGAUUCAGGUUUCUUCCGAUCUUCUCCGAUAA